UUAAAAAGUCAAUAGGAAAACUGAAACCCAAAAACUACAAUUGUAGGAGAGAGCAGUCUGGAAGGUCACAAAUUUCUAAACUAAAAUUACAAAAUCGAACGGAAAGCAAGAAACUAAGACUAAAAAUGAUUUGGAAAUCACACCUUGUCGUGCUGGUUCUGCUGUUGGUGUCAGCGGAGCCGGCGACGGAUCAGGAUGAACUGCAUCUCGAUGGCCAGCUGAUUGAGCUGAACGAGGAGAAUUGGCAGGAGAUGCUGCAGGGUGAGUGGAUGAUCGUAUUCGUUGCUCCGUGGUGCCAGGCCUGCAAGGAUCUGGCUGUCACCUGGGAGCUUUUCGCCCAAAUGGCCACGGAUGACCCGGUGAAGGUGGCCAAAGUGGAUGUAACCACUGCACCCUCGCUCAGUGGACGCUUCUAUGUGACCGCCGUGCCAACGAUCUUUCAUGUCAAGGAUGCCGAGUUCCGUCAGUAUCGCGGUGCCGUCUAUGAUGCCGCCUUAUUCAAUUAUGUGAAGAAGGAGCUGUGGAAGGGCACACCACCACUGUCCAACUGGAUGAAACCCAAUGCCAUUAACAUGUCCAUUAUGGGGUUUUUCGCUAAGCUAUCCCACACCCUCAAGGACAUCAAGGCGUACCUGGAGGAGCAGUUCGGUCUUAGCGAUGGCGGAUCCUAUGUCGUGAUGGCCAUCGGAACUGUAUUCUUGGGCGCCACUCUGGGCUCAUUGCUCGUGUGGAUCAGGGACUUUGUGACUGGACCCAUACCCAUGGAUAGGGAAUGCCAGGGCUUCAGCGAAUUGGAAGAGAAACUUUUCAAAGAUUUGGAAAAUCUAGAUACCGAGGACUAUGACUAUUAUGCUAUUGCCGAAGAGCAGCAGGAGCAAAUUUUCGAUGAAGAGGAAUAUGUCGAGAUUGCGGAGUGUAUUGAGGCAGCGGAGGAAUUUGUUGAGGCACUGGAGCCGGAGUUGAACGGCGACUACAAUCCCAAGCUGGCCAAGUUCUUCCGCAAUUUUGCAACUGAAACGCCAGAGGAUAUAGAAAAGGCGCGCAUGCGCAAACUCCGCCGUCGCAGCAUCUAAGUGGAACAGGAUUUCUCCAGGACUAAACUAAGCAACAGAACAGAACUUAUAUAAAUACAGAACCUAAUAAAGAGUUUAAUCUAAACUGA